AUGUGGCUGCUCUGCCUGAUCGGGGCUGCCUCUGUGGGAUGGGACUCUGUGGGAUGGGACUCUGUGGGAUGGGACUCUGUGGGAUGGGACUCUGAGGGAUGGGACUCUGAGGGAUGGGACUCUGAGAUAGAGAAGACCCUGGAGCCCCUGGCUGGUGGCUGCUAUCAGUUGCCAUGCUGCCCAGCCCCGGGAUCUGGGAAGGUGGGGUCAAUUCCUAGGGAGUAUGGCAGUCUGGCUAGGGCCCUCCCCUCAACCAGCCCUCCAGGCCCAGGCCCCAGGGCCCUCUCCUCAACCAGCCCUCCAGACCCCAGGGCCCUCUCCUCAACCAGCCCUCCAGGCCCAGACCCCAGGGCCCUCUCCUCAACCAGCCCUCCAGGCCCAGACCCCAAGGCCCUCUCCUCAACCAGCCCCCCAGGGCCCAGGGCCCAAGGCCCUCUCCUCAACAAGCCCUCCAGGGCCCAGGGCCCUCUCCUCAACCAGCCCUCCAGGGCCCAGGGCCCUCUCCUCAACCAGCCCUCCAGGCCCAGGGCCCAGGGCCCUCUCCUCAACCAGCCCUCCAGGGCCCAGGGCCCUCUCCUCAACCAGCCCUCCAGGGCCCAGGGCCCUCUCCUCAACCAGCCCUCCAGGCCCAGGCCCCAGGGCCCUCCCCUCAACCAGCCCUCCAGGGCCCAGGGCCCUCCCCUCAACCAGCCCUCCAGGGCCCAGGGCCCUCUCCUCAACCAGCCCUCCAGGGCCCAGGGCCCUCUCCUCAACCAGCCCUCCAGGGCCCAGGGCCCUCUCCUCAACCAGCCCUCCAGGGCCCAGGGCCCUCCCCUCAACCAGCCCUCCAGGCCCAGGCCCCAGGGCCCUCCCCUCAACCAGCCCUCCAGGGCCCAGGGCCCAGGGCCCUCUCCUCAACCAGCCCUCCAGGCCCCAGGGCCCUCUCCUCAACCAGCCCUCCAGGGCCCAGGGCCCCUCUCCUCAACCAGCCCUCCAGGGCCCAGGGCCCCUCCCUCAACCAGCCCUCCAGGCCCAGGCCCCAGGGCCCUCCCCUCAACCAGCCCUCCAGGGCCCAGGGCCCAGGGCCCUCCCCUCAACCAGCCCUCCAGGCCCAGGCCCCAGGGCCCUCUCCUCAACCAGCCCUCCAGGGCCCAGGGCCCUCCCUCAACCAGCCCUCCAGGGCCCAGGGCCCUUCCCCUCAACCAGCCCUCCAGGCCCAGGCCCCAGGGCCCUCUCCUCAACCAGCCCUCCAGGGCCCAGGGCCCCUCCCUCAACCAGCCCUCCAGGCCCAGAACCCAGGGCCCUCACCUCAACCAGCCCUCCAGGCCCCAGGGCCCUCCCCUCAACCAGCCCUCCAGGCCCAGAACCCAGGGCCCUCUCCUCAACCAGCCCUCCAGGCCCAGACCCCAAGGCCCUCUCCUCAACCAGCCCUCCAGGCCCAGACCCCAGGGCCCUCCCCUCAACCAGCCCUCCAGGCCCAGACCCCAGGGCCCUCUCCUCAACCAGCCCUCCAGGUCCCAGGGCCCUCUCCUCAACCAGCCCUCCAGGUCCCAGGGCCCUCUCCUCAACCAGCCCUCCAGGGCCCAGGGCCCAGGGCCCUCCCCUCAACCAGCCCUCCAGGCCCAGGCCCCAGGGCCCUCCCUCAACCAGCCCUCCAGGGCCCUCUCCUCAACCAGCCCUCCAGGGCCCUCUCCUCAACCAGCCCUCCAGGCCCAGGCCCCAGGGCCCUACCCUCAACCAGCCCUCCAGGGCCCUCUCCUCAACCAGCCCUCCAGGGCCCUCUCCUCAACCAGCCCUCCAGGCCCAGGCCCCAGGGCCCUCCCCUCAACCAGCCCUCCAGGGCCCUCUCCUCAACCAGCCCUCCAGGGCCCUCUCCUCAACCAGCCCUCCAGGGCCCUCUCCUCAACCAGCCCUCCAGGCCCAGGCCCCAGGGCCCUCUCCUCAACCAGCCCUCCAGGGCCCUCUCCUCAACCAGCCCUCCAGGGCCCUCUCCUCAACCAGCCCUCCAGGGCCCUCUCCUCAACCAGCCCUCCAGGCCCAGGCCCCAGGGCCCUCUCCUCAACCAGCCCUCCAGGGCCCUCUCCUCAACCAGCCCUCCAGGGCCUUCUCCUCAUCCAGCCCUCCAGGGCCCUCUCCUCAACCAGCCCUCCAGGGCCCUCUCCUCAACCAGCCCUCCAGGGCCCUCUCCUCAACCAGCCCUCCAGGGCCCUCUCCUCAUCCAGCCCUCCAGGGCCCUCUCCUCAACCAGCCCUCCAGGGCCUUCUCCUCAUCCAGCCCUCCAGGGCCCUCUCCUCAACCAGCCCUCCAGGGCCCUCUCCUCAACCAGCCCUCCAGGGCCUUCUCCUCAACCAGCCCUCCAGGGCCCUCUCCUCAACCAGCCCUCCAGGGCCUUCUCCUCAACCAGCCCUCCAGGGCCCUCUCCUCAAACAGCCUCUCCGGACCACAGUUCUGGGAACUAAACCUGACGUUGCUAUUUUUACCCCAGAGAGAGGCGGGCAGCUCCUGUUCCUGCUUCCCAGCGGGAGGUCCCUCCCUCCCUCCCUCCCUCCCCCCUUCAUCCCCUUCACUCCCAGCCUCCUGUUCCCCUCUCUCCAGCCUCCUGCUUCCCACUCCCAGCCUCCUGCUUUCCACUCCCAGCCUCCUGCUUCCCACUCCCAGCCUCCUGCUUCCCACUCCCAGCCUCCUGCUUCCCACUCCCAGCCUCCUGCUUCCCACUCCCAGCCUCCUGCUUCCCACUCCCAGCGUCCUGCUUCCCACUCCCAGCCUCCUGUUCCCCUCUCUCCAGCCUCCUGCUUCCCACUCCCAGCCUCCUGUUCCCCUCUCUCCAGCCUCCUGCUUCCCACUCCCAGCCUCCUGUUCCCCUCUCUCCAGCCUCCUGCUUCCCACUCCCAGCCUCCUGUUCCCCUCUCUCCAGCCUCCUGCUUCCCACUCCCAGCCUCCUGUUCCCCUCUCUCCAGCCUCCUGCUUCCCACUCCCAGCCUCCUGUUCCCCUCUCUCCAGCCUCCUGCUUCCCACUCCCAGCCUCCUGUUCCCCUCUCUCCAGCCUCCUGCUUCCCACUCCCAGCCUCCUGUUCCCCUCUCUCCAGCUUCCUGCUUCCCACUCCCAGCCUCCUGUUCCCCUCUCUCUAG